CAAGAUGGCAGAUAAUGGUACUGAUAAUACAAGCAACGAUGCCACUACUAGUACCGGUAGUGCCAAUGAUGCUGCAGUUGUGACGCUGGAGGAAUGGGCCAACAGCUUGGUUGGUCGCGAUUGGGAGAUUUUUUGGGCCGACGAUGGUUGUUGCGAAAAGCAACAAGGGCAUGAAGAAGAGGAAGAGGAAUCGGAGGAUGUGGAAGAUUGGUACGAUGGUCACAUUGAUCAAAUCGAAGAGUUGCGAGACGGCAACUACUCGUUUCGAGUGCGAUUUGUGGGAGACGACACAAUUUAUUCCAUGGUCUUGGUUCCUGGCAGAGUGAGGCCCAGUGUCAGGGCUUGGAUCAAACGAUCCAAAGCCAUUCUGGGAAACCAGGCAUUGGCAAAAACCAUAAAAUCCGUCGUGGACUGGGAAAACGCAUUGCCAAUUGACACCAGAACACUUCAGGAUACACCGCAUUUGGAUAUUUUGCAAAACCAAAUCGAGCAAGACACUAUUAAUACCGACAACCAACACGCUCUCAUGGAAAAUGCCCAGCAGCAGCACGAUACGGGUGACAAUGCAACCACACCAGCUGCAGCAGGAGAAGCUCGAGACUUGCCAGAAAUACAAGAAUUCGAAGAAAUUAAGCGAUUGUCGUAUUUAUUGAGAUCUCAGCAGUACCUACGAACGAGAUUGGCGCCCAUUGGCGAGGAGGACAAUGAGGGGCCCUCCGAAGCCUACGUGACGCACCUGCUCCAGUGCCUGACUUAUCUCGAGCAAGCUUGUCAAUGGUAUAUUGCCUCCUGGAAACUGCACCACACCGUCUUUUUCAACGACAAUUCACAGAAUGAUUCCACACAACAACCAACUCUUCUGGGAGAAGAUUUUGCAGUCCAACGGGGCCUUCAAGAAGGUAGAAAAGUUAUCACUCAAUUGCUACGAGUGGACACUUCCCUGGCCGGAUCUAAACGACGAAGGCCGGCGGAAAACAGUCCCGGUGGCACUAGGAAAACCAAACGCCGCAGAAGGAACAAAUCACUCAUGGAUUACAUCAAAGAAAGUGAACGAGGCUGCGACACGCCCAAUCCAGAAGAGGACGAGUUCCUUUCCGCCGAGGCUGUUUCCAAUUUUGUCAAGCAGAUACAAAGCAACGACAAUCGAUGGUACACCAAACAUUUUGGAAAAAUGAUGCAAAGCCUGAGCUCUAAUAUUGUCGAACCGUUGCAGGCAUGGAGAAAGCUAGUGGAAGUUGCCCUGGGAGAAAGGGAAGCUACUAUGGAAGACACGGAAGGCGAAACCAGCGAAGACGAUGAAAAGAGUGAUGACGAAGGCAACCCGGGACCACAACAAUUAAAAAUCUACACACACGAUGAAAUCGAGGCACUUUUGACAAAAUCAAACCACGAUGACGUUCUUCGCCAUUUCAAUCUCUCUCGAUGGCAAGACCGUCUUCGACAAAAGCUUUCUGCUGUUGACGAAUUCGAGACACGUUGUCGGACCUUGCUUUCACUGGUCUACAGCAAGCCAGAGGCAGAUAUUUCAACAAAGGAAAAUGAUAGCAUUUACCAGGAACUGGGACAACUCAAGGCGCGAGCAGCGUCGCCCACUUCGAGCGUCGCCAACGUCAGCGUCUCGUCCCAACAAGUCCUUGACGAUGCGGUGGCCAUUCGCUCCUGGUAUCUUGACUUGCACCGAAUAGAACAUGCCAAGGAACGACUCGUAUUUGUGGAACAAAUGGCUACUAGGGCUUCCCAACUGCCUAGGCUUUCUCCUACGCCGACGUCGUCGGAAGAAGGCUCGGCGUCCACGGCUCCGGACCCCCUUUUCGAACAAGCAGUAGCGCGGCUCAACCAGAUAUCACAGGGCCAUUUCGAUCAUCUGGCACGCUUCAAUGAAUACCGAAGCAUUCUCAUUUCGAGAAUGGGCGCGACGGAAACAACAGACAAAGAUUUUACCAAACUGGAAAGCGUACAGAUCGCCGUUCAGGAGCUGGCCAAGGUUCCCGUUCUGUCAAUGGCCGAAGAGAUGCUCCUCAUUCGCCGUGACGUGCUCGUGUGGAAGUCGAGAGCUGAGCAAGAUCUCUUCAAAACAAGCAUCAGCUUCAACGAACUUCUGGCUUUCAAGAAAUCAUUAGAUCUGAUUCUCGCUGGCCGCUCAGAGACCAGAAUUCCAGUUAUUGCUACUACAGAGGCAAACGACGAAGUGAAUGCGGAAAUUCGGUCCUUUGCGGCGGAUGACGUCAAUGCAUUCUGCGGUACGCUGGUCGCAGCAAUGAACACCAAAUACACCGGGAGCUGUGCUUGGAAAGAUCGCGCCGAUGCUAUUAUCGGGGCAAUCAAGCACCAUCGAGAGCAAAGCACCGGAUCAUCUCAAAAAACCUUGGCCAUGGUGGAUUUGAAGCGAGUAAGCGGUCUCCUUCGCGAAUACGAGGAUCUGGAAAUCCAGUUCCCAGAAGAGCGCUCGUUCCUAGAAGAUGUGUCCGAUACGGCUACCAAGUGGUCCCAGGAUCUACUAGAUUUUGCGAGAGAUGAAAGCAGACCGCUUUCUGAGCUACGUCUGCGCCUGCAGGAAACCAGACAGGUCGGCGGACGUCCCGCUGGUAUCAUCAUUGACCCUGCCAGACAUAUCGUUGAUGUAUCGCUCGAGCUACUACAGUGGCAUAAGAUUCUGGUGGAUGCGAUGAAAGAAGCCACGGGAUAUCUUCGGGAGAAUCAAUUGAUGGGGAAAGCGGCGGAGCUGCAAAACUCGAGCUCGCUGUUUUUGCUCGUUUCUGAGGGGCGUGAGAUCCUCCAAGUUUUCGCCGACGAGACAGGACAAAAGCACAUGGUAGAUCCGACCGUGGCCUUGCAGUUGAUGUCGAAAGCACUAGAUUCAAGGAGGCCAAUGCGAGUGCUUGCUCGAGCGAAACUGGAGUCUCACCCGCUCUGUGGCUCGAUACUCGACCGCCUCAUUCGUGAGGAUGAACGAGAAGGGUUGCCGCUGAAGUUCUUGCUCCUUGUAUACUGGAACGCUUCCGUUUCUGACUUUGUCGAAAAGUUUGGGAACAAGCACGAAACUGGUACAAUCUUGACUCUUGUGGCCGCGAAAAACCUGAUGCUUGAGAGACCAAUUUUAGCAAACUCGGAAGGAUGGGGGUUUCUCUUUUCUACUCGAGAGGAACAAUUUGUGGAUCUGAUUUCCAGAGGUGACCGGUUAGAGAAUGAAGCGACAAAAAUGCUUGGAGCUGCGAAAGAAUUGUUGCGCGGGUCGUGGAAACAGAUGGAAGCAAUCCAAAUUCACCUUACGAGUCUUCAGCAGAUUCUCCGCCAAUUUAGAGCCUCGUUUACCAAGGUUGGAACGGUACUUGCCCUCGACAAACAGUUAGAACAGCAACUUGACUACCAUUCCAGGGUGUUUGGUUGGGUGACACGCACCUUUGGGUACAACUUCCUCCACCAAGUAGGGUGCGAUUUGUUCCCAGAGAAACGGAUAAGUUGGGAUGUUCUGGUAGCAUUGAAUGAGAGGAAGCCAAACGACUUGGAGAAGAUGGGUGACUGCGCCGCCAUUUCGUUGAGAAUCAGUGAACUGUUCGAAGCAGCUUCGAAGUGGCAGGAAGAGAUCACCAAGGUAACAAAGCUUUCCUUCCGAGGCGGGAAGCGUCGGGGCGACGUUGCUCCUGGGGCUGAUAACGAAGGUGCCCCGCAACAAACAGUCAGUGUAGAGACGGUCUACCGGUUGGCAAAGGAUCCAGUUCUUCAAACGGUUGCGAUGCCCAGGGAAGCCGCUGUGGCGGAGAUGUUGGAAAGUGCACGAGCCUUUGAAACACACCUGCACAAUUUUCUGGGGAAGGAUUACGCUGGCGCUGAUCGGGCUCCAUAUCCCAACACCCGAUCUUUGAUGGGACGGUCCGGAGAGUUUCUGCUCUAUAGAUUGGUUGGAGGUUCACUGUAUUCCUCCUUAACAGCAUCGCUGGAGAGCAUAUCCACUAUGGCACAAGAUGUAUUCGCAGAUACCCCCGGCAAAGCUGCGUUUGAAUGGAUUCGAAAGUCUGUUGCCUGGAUCGAGUCGCUUCGUGCUGCAGUUACUCAAGUGUCCUAUACCGCAGACACUGUCAUAGAACGACUAGUUGUCACUGAGGCAGAUGCGAGAGCGAUCUGGGCUGCUGGAAAAUGCUUCUUCCUCGACAUACCCGAGGACCUUAAGAAGACUCUCUCGGCUCAUCGAAUUUUCGUCUCAACAAACAAAACAGCAGAGAGGCUCAAGGUCGUGUUCAAGAAGGGUGGCGCCCAUCACAGCGUGGGGGGUACCGUGGUAAGGUGGUUGCCCAUCCUGUUCGACAGCCUCAGGGAGGACUUGAAGAAGUUGGACUCUUGGAAACAAAGUGUAACGGAAGUGCAGAAGAAUUUCCAGGACUAUUCCGAUGAAAGAAACGGAGUUUUCAGUGAUAAUGAUAUGACGCACUUGCUUGGAUUGAGUGACGAGGUUGCCAUGUUGAUAGAAGAAGGCAUUGGUUCGCUAGUCGUUGCACCAUCAAAGGAUGUGAUCGAUUCGAUGGGCGACCUUCAAGCGCGCUUACAAGAAGUUUUGAAACGGCACCAAUCCUCUGUCUCGUGUGGACGCAUUAACCGAUUUGAAAACCCAUCCGAUCUGGUUCAAGACAGGUUUGAGCUUUGCGAUGCAUUGCUCGCUCGAAGCUCACUGGAAUAUGAUGCUUCAGAUGAUGCCGGUGUUGCUUCCCACAAUUUGACCGUCCGGGAGGGUACGUUCCGCGAAACUUGCCGUAGUUGCCUCAAGCAAUCCCUUGUGCGUGCUGCAGAGUUGAUGGGAAUCCACUCGACAGACGACCUCGUUGAUUUAACGUUGUUCGCUUCAAAGGCAUACGACAUUGAACAAGAGAUGUUUUCUCGCUUUCAGAUUGCGGCCAGUGCAAACGUAAUGUCGAACGAAUACAAGACCAAAGCUCGAAAUUUGCGUUGGGCAUUUGAAUACUGCGUCAACCCCAAACUUUGUCUUAGGGUUCUGCUUGGCGAAGUGGAAGCUUCAGAAUUGGUCUCAAUGACCGACGAGGAGCUUGUUGGCGACUGGAAAGCUCCGCCUGGGCAAGUUGCCGACGUUUCGGAUUCCCAGAAGAGAUGUGAAACCCCACCCUCUGAGGAAAGCUCUACAGCUGACGCCGAUUCGGGAGCUCCCAAUGGCAGUGCUCUCAACGAAGGUGUGCCCGCAAUAAGUGAAGCGACCCCAGAAUUUGAAACAGAGCUCAAGACGGAGGAUAUUCAGGAACCAACCUUGUUAGCAGCCUCGGGAUCAAACGAUACUGCCAGCAGCAUGGAGUCAUUCGACCCUGCAGGUGACAGUGUCUCUAUUCAAGAUCGGCCAGAUGCUCCACCAUCACUAGCCGUGUCCCUCGUCAAGUCUUCCUUGCCUAGUAGAAAGCUACACAACUCCAAGACGCCCUCAUCCUCUAAAGCAUCAAAGAAAUCGAAAUAUUUGACGGGCACCUCGGGUAGGGAUGCUUUCGUCAUCUCCGUAUCCAAGCCUAUCAUCAAGUUCAAGGCUCGUUUCUACACUGAAAACGACAGGCAGGCUGGGCUGAACGGUCUCUUGCCAGAGUCUUUUCAAGAGAGAGGGCGCCUUCGGGUUGACGAAUUCUCCAAGUUUGUUUCAGGCAAGCUUAAGGGUGGAAAGUGGGUGGCCAUUCCAAUCCGUAUGACACUAUGUUCCGACGAAGACGCUAAGAAGCACAAAGCAUAUUACAAGAUGUAUGAGUCAAACAAACGGAUAGCUAUUUGCGCUAUCAGUGAGAAUACCAAGCUUUUCCUGGUGACUCCCAAGUUUCAAAGAGCCGCCACAAAGGCAAUGGGAAGCAACUUCGCUUUCGUUGAAACAAGCACGUAUGCGAUUGUGUUGACGAAGGAGAGGGUGUAGCAUGUAAACCGUCGGUUUCAGCACGUCCCCAACCAACUGUGUCAGAACGACGGCAUGGUCGCUGUUUCGCUUUCAACUCGUUACCUCAACUACGGUACCUUUCUAAAGCUCUCUUCCUUUCACAACUACGUGUAUCUGUGGUUGCACGGUACCGGUACCUGUAGCAUACCGUACCACCGUCCGUAUAAGGAACCUCUUGGAUUAGACCCCGGAGCGGGGGUUUACAGUACAACCGUAUAGCUACUAGCAGCGCCUUCGUUAGGUU